AUGACACCUGCACGCUCAGACAAGACGGCCGUCUCUGAUCCAUCAGCGGACCCUGAAGUGUCCAAAAAGUCACAGACUUAUGACCAGGCCGCCGUUCCUUACCGAGGAGCUCCUCUUCCCAAUGUCCUCGAUGAUCUUGUCCAGCCCGGCAUCAUGGACCUAGAGUGCGAUGAGCGUCUCUGGGUGCCUCAAAGUCCCGGUGUUUGGUUCCGACCGCUGUGUUUCAGCGUCUCUCAGGGCUACUUUGUCAAUAUUCUACGUGUGCGAAAGUCGGGCAUUCUGUCCAGACAUCGUCAUGCCGGCCCUGUCCAUGCCGUCGUUCUCCGCGGACGCUGGCACUAUCUCGAGCAUCCCUGGUGGGCCACCGAGGGCGGCUAUGCCUUCGAGCCCCCGGGUGAUAUUCACACUCUUCACGUUCCCGACGACGUCAAGGAGAUGGCAACGCUGUUCCAUGUCACCGGGGCUUACAUCUAUGUGGACCCUGAUGGCAAUCCUGUCGGCGUCGAGGAUGUUUUUAGCAAGUUGCAGCUGGCGAGGAAGCAUUAUGAGGAGGUCGGUCUAGGGGCUGACUAUGCGAAUCAGUUUGUAAGAUAA